GUUUCCAUGCUGAGACGGUUCAAGCGCCUGAAACUCCACCAACACAUCGUUGAGUUCUUCGAUUGCUUUCAAAUCAGAUAUGGAAAGGCAAUCGUGUUGGAGGUGUUGGAUAUCACCCUAGGCGACUACCUUGGAAAGACAAGUUUUGCACCGAUGCUUCUGAGUGACAUCAGAAGCAUCAUCCAGCAGAUGGGGACAGCAUUUGAGGCGCUGAAGGGGAUCGGGGUGAUCCAUGCUGACCUGCACCUCCACAACAUUAUGAUGGAGAAUCACCAAACACGACCCUUCAGAGUCAAGCUCAUUGACUUCGGUGUUGCCAUGUCCAGAUCAGAAGCCAGCCAGGGCAAGCGCCUGCAACCUCUAGCAUUCAGGUCUCCAGAAAUCAUGUUGGGCUGUCCAUUUUCUGAGGCCAUUGACAUGUGGUCCCUGGGCUGUCUGAUGUUCAUAAUGAUCUGCGGCAAACUACCGUUCAGUGGACGCUCCGAGUAUGAAAUUCUGCAGAGCAUCACUGGUCUCAUAGGUCAGCCAGAAGACCUUGUUCUCAGUACUGGUCUCCAGACAAAGAAGUACUUUAACUGGACUGAGUCAAACAGCUGGGAGCUCAAGACAUCUUUUGAGUAUUUCAAAUGUCACCUCAGCAGUGUCAAGCACCACAAGCUCCAGUCUCUGGACGAUCUCAAAAUAAUGCGUCUUGAGGAAAAUAAUGAAGCUGAGGCCGCAGAGCGAGAGCAGUGCAUCGAGCUCCUGAAGGCCAUGCUGAAGACGGGUGAGGAUGAGAGGAUCGCUCCCUGUCAAGUCCUCACUCAUGCAUUUAUCACCAAAGACUACCCAAACAAUGUGGCAGAGAAGUCUGAUACCAGCCAGCGUAAGAUGAUGAGACCAAAGGCGGCAGUCAUGAGUAAAAGACGCCCCGCUUGUCUUACGACAGCGCCCCCUUCCAGUCUUGCUUGUUACAGUCCACCAGCAGGUGUGAUCCUGGUUCGUCCUGCGACGGCUGAUAACACACUGCUGCUGGACGGUCAGGGGAGCAAAGUCAGUGGCAGGUCUUACUGGAUGCUCAGCUUUCACUUCUCCGUUCUCGAGUGAGGACUGCACUCCAUCUCCCACAUUUCUGCCAUCAGGUGUGAUUCUGGUUCGGCCUGCGACAGCCCAGCGCACGGUGCUGGGAGAUCAGGAGAGUGCAGUCAGUUUUCAGUCUGGCCUGUACGAGGUGUCAGUGUCCUUAGUGACCCAUGUU